AAGGAAAAGGCCGCUGAUUCAGACAGUUUUGAUGGAGGGAUUGUCCAAAAUCUGCCAGCCAGUCCAACAGAAGAAUCCUGGAGACCAGAAGGAUGGAGACAAGAUCCAGGUUGAAAAGCGUCCAGCAAACCAGGAAACCACAGAAGAAGCUCUAACAGACCAGAAAGCCAUGGCGGGCGAAGCUCUGGACAGAAGGAACAUCUGGGAACCGAGUGUUUACUACUCGCUGGGGAAGGAGUCCUUUUAUUUUGCGGGUCAUGACAUCAGCAUCCGCGAGUCUAUAGAUACUUACGGUGCUCUGAUCUGGCCUGGGGCAGUGGCUUUGUGCCAGUUCUUGGAGAAUAACCAGAGACAAGUGAACCUGAUGGACAAAGCCGUGCUGGAGAUCGGAGCCGGCACCGGACUACUCUCCAUAGUAGCGAGUCUGCUCGGAGCUUGGGUGACGGCCACUGACCUGCCAGACAUCUUGUCUAAUCUGACCUUUAACCUCCUGCGAAACACCAAAGGCCGCUCCCGGUACAAGCCUCAGGUGGCUGCCCUCGCCUGGGGUCAGGACCUGGAGCGUGAUUUCCCUUAUCCGUCCUACCACUACGACUACGUGCUGGCAGCUGACGUGGUCUAUCACCACAACAGUCUGGAGGAUCUGCUGGAGACCAUGCAUCACUUCUGCCGACCAGGGAGUCGAACGACACUGCUGUGGGCCAACAAGAUCCGGUUUCAGUCAGACUUGAGGUUCACAGAGUGCUUCACAAGCAGGUUUGACUCCACGCUGCUCAUGGAGCUUCCACAGCAGGAGGUGAGGAUAUACAAGGCCAAAGCCAAAGAGUGAGGGGCGUGAGUGGGCGGAGUUUCUUUCAAAAGUUCUUUGUUGUGUUUUAAAAACUGUUCAAGAAAACAGGAAAUUGCAUCUCCGCUCUGUGAUCUGAAUCUGUUCUCAUCUGUGUUUACA